GAGACUUUUCCUGUCAGCGGAUCCGGCUGGCCCUGCCGGCGGGCGGAGGGGCUGCACCCCGCCCCGGCGCUGCGCCGUGGUGCGCCGCGCCGGGCCGUGCUGUGCCGGGCGGUGGGGAGCGGCGGGGCGCGCCAUGGGGCUGCUGGAGCGCCUGCGGAAGGAGUGGUUCAUUCUCGGGAUCGUGCUGGUCAUCGCGGUGGCGCGGCUGGAGCCCGCUGUCGGCGUCAAAGGGGGACCCUUGAAACCAGAAAUUACCAUAACUUACAUUGCUGUUUCAGCUAUAUUCUUUAACAGCGGACUCUCCUUAAAAACUGAGGAGCUGACAAGUGCUUUGAUGCAUGUGAAACUACACCUUUUUGUCCAGAUUUUUACACUUGUGUUCUUCCCAACAGCAAUAUGGCUCUUUCUUCAGCUAUUAUCAAUCACACCUAUAAAUGAAUGGCUUUUAAAAGGCUUGCAGACAGUGGGCUGCAUGCCUCCUCCUGUGUCUUCUGCAGUAAUUUUAACCAAAGCUGUUGGUGGAAAUGAGGCAGCUGCUAUAUUUAAUUCUGCUUUUGGAAGUUUUUUGGGCAUUGUUAUAACUCCACUUCUGCUUUUGCUUUUUCUUGGAUCAUCCUCCUCUGUGCCUUUUACAUCUAUAUUCUCUCAGCUGUUUAUGACUGUUGUAGUCCCACUUAUUAUUGGACAGAUUGUCCGAAGAUACAUCAAGGACUGGCUUGAAAGGAAGAAGCCUCCAUUUGGUGCAAUCAGCAGUUGCGUGCUCCUGAUGAUCAUCUACACAACAUUCUGUGAUACUUUUGCCAAUCCAAAUAUUGACCUUGAUAAAUUUAGCUUGAUUAUAAUAGUGUUCAUAAUAUUUUCUAUUCAGAUGAGCUUCAUGUUUUUGACUUUCCUCUUCUCCACAAGGAAUAACUCUAGUUUCACACCAGCAGACACAGUGGCUAUCAUUUUCUGUUCCACACACAAAUCGCUCACCUUAGGGAUUCCAAUGCUGAAGAUAGUAUUUGCGGGUUAUGAGCACCUGUCCUUGAUUUCCGUCCCCUUACUCAUCUAUCAUCCUGCUCAGAUUCUUCUUGGGAGUCUGCUGGUACCAACAAUAAAAUCCUGGAUGGUUUCUAGACAAAAGGCACUGAAGUUAACCAGGCAGCCCAAAGCACCCGUGAAGGUAUAAUUACGUAGAUGGCCUGUGUCACAGUGAAUGUAUAUAUGUACUAUACUGUACACACAGACAAAUGAGACGACUGGGUAUUUGUGAAUGUUGCUUCAGUGCAUAUUUUAUUUUUAUAUAUAUAUAUAUAUUAAAAAGAUACCUGUUAAGUGCCUUACAGAUGCAUUUUUGGCAAAAGCAUUGUUUCCAGAAGCCACUUUGUUGGUUACUGCAAGAGGUUGUACAGUAUUUUGGAAUCCUUUAGGUUUUAUUUUUCUAAUCGAGUGAAUGGUCAUGACUAACAGCUGUUCCUUGCAUUGCCCCUGCUUUGAGCCAGGGUGCACCAGCUGUAAGUCUCUGUUUUAAACUAGUCAAAAUGACCAGAAGCUUAUCCCACUGCUGUGUUACCCUGGGGAAGAGCUUUCUGAAGGCUUCUUUUUGAGAUUGACUUGAAUUCCUGUGUGACUCUGUUACACUCCCUAGUCAUAUGACUGUGACAUGCCUUUUUCUUCUGAGUUUGUGUAUACUCAGCAUGGGGCCAUCCAUUGGAUAGAAGCUGAGAAGCAUGAAUUAUUUGCAUUUGUUGACACAGUUGUCUAGACAUUCCUUCAAAGUUAAUGGUUUCUCAAGAAAAUUCUUUUAAUUCCAUUGUAUGAUAUUGUGCCAUUGUAUAUCUUAAAUGCCUCAUAAGCUUCUUCAAAGAAAUGGUCUGGUGCUUGGGUUAUGAGUGAAGUAUUUGUGUUUGCAGCUAGCAGAUCUUUUAUAAUUUACCCCUGAAGAACACAAUUUUUUUGUUUUCUUUUUUCUUUUUCUUCCCCUGGUGCAGUGCACAGAGACCCGCAGUGACAGAAUUUAGGAUGCUAAUAUUGAAACAAAACCUUUAUUGUAGUAAGCCAAGCUAUGUUUUCUAUAUUGCUGUACUGGUAAUGAAUAAUAGCUUCUGAGGACAAGAAAGUUGACUUUUUUUUCCCCCAGUUGAAAGAAUCCUUUUUGUAACAGAAGUGCUAUCUUAGCUAAUUUGACAAUCAGCCACCACUUUUUAGAAAAGGAAAUGUUACUCUUUUUAAUAAACUUAUAUAUAGAAAAAGCAUACAAAAUACUAUCUCUAGUAUGUUGAGGAGAAAGGAACACAGGCAUAUAUUUAAACAUUUAGCCAGCACUGCAUCUUACCUGGGAGAUUAAGAUUUCAGAAGUGUGCUCUAGUCCAGGCUCUGAGGUGUACCCAUCUGCAAAAACUGGACUGACAAUUUGCAUUAAACUAUUGAAAAGAAUUUAAGAAAUAGGUCAAACUGGGAUCAAUAUAAAUGCUAAAGUUUCAUGUGGCAUGGUUAACAUAGCAGUUAAUGAUGCAGCUGAGUGCAGUUUACCUAGAAGCAGAUCUUCAGCAGAUGUAAAUUAUUAUAGCUCUAACAAUGCUAUAGCCAUUUACAUAAGCUAAAGAUCUUUUGUAUGACAAUGGGCAUGUGAAAUUCAUAUCCUUUUGGCUUUGUGAAAAAAACUGUGUUUGAUUUACUUAGUCUAUUAUUCCUAGUCCGUUAUUCCUCUGAACAAUGGGAAAGCAAUCCAGUACCAAUCAUCAGUGCUUUACCUGAUGGUCAGUCAGUGCAAGACUGCUCUGAUGCCGUCUGUAUGAGAAGCUAUUGGUAGCUGACAGCAUCAUCUUGUUCAAAAUUGUCAUCACCAAUAAAACGACUGUGUAAUGAAGGUACAUGAGGUGACAACAUGAUGAAUUCCUUCAUUCCUGGGCUUAAAAACCCUGCUUGCAGCAGACAGUCCAGACACAGGACAGUUUCUUUUUGUUCUGUUUCCAUAACCCUGAACUUCCCAAGUAUAUAGGGACUGAAUCCCAAUCCCCCUGAAACUGAUGACCAUUUCUGUUGGGUUUGAAUGGCAAAGAAACAGGCCCAACAAGAGCACUCACUUUCUUAAAAUACACAGGAAGAGUUCAAGCAUACAGUCAUCAUGUCAAUGCUAAGUAGUCAGAACACUGCAAGUACCCUUACUGAGCUACCUCUGCAUACUGAAUCUCCAAUUUUCAGUACACCCAACAAUUUGCUUCCACUGAACACAUCCUUUUUUCUUUGUUAAAUUUUUUUACAUUUAAAAAUAUUUUAAGCUCUUUUACAAUGGAGUUUUGUUAAAGCCUUUACAAAGUCCUUUCCUUCUGAUUGCUUGGGGCAGCCUAAAUAUCGUUUACAAGUCUUGGAGGUGUUGGUCUAAAGGGAACCUAAAGCAAGUAUAUAUUUUGAAUUCGUACUUCAUGAAACUUAAUUAUGCAUAUCAAUUCUGUUAUGUUUAAAGACUGUUAAGAUGUUUAACUGUGACCUGUUACUAUGCUUAUAUGUCUUUAAUAAACAGAAUGGUUUUGGAUUCAA